CACGGUCAUCGUUGACCCAAUUUGUGUUCCAGAGGUGUACCAGAAACGAACGCGACUCAAGAACCAACUUCUUCGUCGACACCAGUAGGCGAAACGGUUUCGUUUGGAUUACUACGACCUUUCAACGAUAGUUUCAUCUGGUUUUAGUUCUUCAUUUCUAUUCACCACUUCGCCGAUAGUUAUAAAACAAUUAAUUGUUAAAGUGCGCCAGAAAACGAUAUUUGUAUGACAAUUGAUACGGUUGUGCCCGUUAGAAAACGGAAGAAACGAAAGCAAAUGUUUACUUUGAACUGUAAACGGACGAUUAGGUUAAAUUAACACAGAAUUUUAAAACAAAAGUUUGUGUGUUUCUUAGUUUUAUUGUUUUUUUAAAACAAAAUUCAUUUUUUUAAGAUUAACUUUAUUGGUUGUUGAGUUUCUACUAUGCGAAAAGAAACAAAUUUCUUAUUACUAUGGAUUACGUCACUCAAUAUUCAUCUAAUAUAUGGAUCACCUAUCAUUCUUCCUAUUACAAAAAAUAUAACAGGUAGAGAAUCAGAAUUUUAUGAUAAUUGGAAUUACAAAUUAGAACAUAGUAACACGCCGAUUUUAGAUGCUAAAGUUAGAAAUCACACUUUACCGGAAACGAGCCGAUCAACUGGAAGAUUUUGGGAUAUGGAUCCUGAUAAAACGACGCAUUUUCCGAAAUUCGUGGAUAAAGCUUUAAAACUUUUAAAUUUGAAACAGGUCGCCUACGAAAUUGAGAAUUCUUUGUUAUCGAAAGUGUCUUGUACAGCUUGCAAAGCAGGAGCGGGACUUUUACAACAUUACAUCAAAACAGGAAAAACUGAAAAAGAAAUCAAAUCCACAAUAUACCAAUUUUGUGUAAAUUUAAAAAUACAGUCACCUAGAGUUUGCGAAGGAAUCACCGAACAAUUCGCACCAGAAGUAAUUUACGUUUUAGGACAAGUAAAAAUCGGACCAGAAGAAAUAUGUUCUUUUGUAAUUGGGGACGGUUGUGGAGAUGUUUAUAAUCCUUACCACGAUUGGGAAGUGAUUUUUCCACCUGUUCCAAAACCUACAUUAAUAGAACAAAAAAUACCUGAAAUUCAAGCACCAACAUUUAAAGUUCUUCAUUUAUCCGACACCCAUUAUGAUCCUUAUUACCUUGAAGGAAGCAAUGCGGAUUGUAACGAACCUUUAUGUUGUCGUUUAACGAACGGACCUGCUGCAUCUAAAGAACAAGCGGCUGGGAAAUGGGGUGAUUAUCGAAAAUGUGAUACACCAAAAAGAACAGUGGAUAAUUUGUUAACACAUAUAUCUGAUACGCAUCCUGACAUUGAUUAUAUUCUUUGGACUGGAGAUUUACCCCCUCACGAUAUUUGGAAUCAAACGAAAGAAGAAAAUUUAAAUAUUAUCAAAGAAACCGUUAAGCAAAUGUCUGAUACAUUUCCAAAUGUUCCAAUUUUUCCAGCUUUAGGAAAUCACGAAUCAGCACCAGUUAAUAGGUAAUAUUUAUUAUUUUUUUAAUAUUCAG